AUGCGGACCCACGCUUGCCUUUCUCUUUCGCUACUGACCACUGGCAUUGCACUUGCAUUACCAUCGUGGCCUUCUCACGGCGGUUAUGGCGGCAGUGGCGGCGAUGACUGCGACGACAAUAAACUCGGUGCUGUGGCCUCCGAGAGCUCGAUAUGCAGCAACAUCGGCAUCGACGUGCUGAAGGCUGGUGGCAACGCCGCUGAUAGUAUGGUGGCUACUGUCUUUUGCGUCGGCGUUAUAGGCAUGUACCACAGCGGCGUUGGCGGAGGCGGCUUCAUGUUGGCUCGCCACAGUAACGGGAGCUACGAGUUCAUCGACUUCCGUGAGACUGCUCCAGCGGCUGCGACUCAGGAUAUGUACAACAACAACACCAAUAGCUCCAUCUACACCGGUCUAGCUAGUGGUGUGCCAGGCGAGGUCAGAGGUCUCCAGCAUCUGCAUGAGAACUUUGGCGUGCUACCUUGGGUUGAUCUUGUCAUGCCUGCUGUGCAAGUCGCUCGCAACGGAUUCACAGUUACACCGGAUCUGGUACGCUACAUGGCAUCUGCAAUCGUAGGUAUUGAUAAUUUCCUGGUCAAUGAGCCAACAUGGGCGAUUGACUUCGCACCAAAUGGGACUUUGCUUGGCCUUGGCGAUACAAUUACAAGACGACGAUAUGCCGAUACACUGGAGUCAAUAGCGAAACGUGGUCCCGACGCCUUCUACACUGGCCCGAUAGCGGAAGCUACGAUCGAUACAAUCAAUACUACGGGCGGAAUCAUGACCUUGGCCGAUCUGAAGAAUUACACUGUUGCUAUUCGACCGCCUUCAGCCAUCAGCUACCGCGACUACAAGAUUACGAGCGGUAGUGCACCUUCUUCUGGUACCGUCUUAGCCAGCGUGAUGAAGAUCAUUGAGGGCUAUACGACAAUCGGGGAAGCCUCCACAGUGGACGAGAGCACGCAUCUAUUUGACGAAGCUAUCCGCUUUGCAUACGGCCAACGAUCUGAGUUAGGGGAUCCAUCGUUCGUGAAAGGUAUGGACGCGUACCAGGCCGAUAUGCUAUCUGAGACUACUGCCGCUGCUGUCCGAGCCAAGAUCAACCCAGAACAUACUCUGAACGUCUCGGCCUACGACCCUUCUGGCUUCGAGUCUUUGGUGACACCAGGAACCUCCGCCGUAGUAACAAGUGACAAAUCAGGUAUGACGAUCUCCAUCACCACGACCGUAAACUUGCUGUUUGGAAGCCACAUCAUGGUGCCCGAGACAGGUGUAAUCUUGAACGAUGAAAUGAACGAUUUCUCCAUCCCCGGCUCCAGCAACGCCUUCGGCUACAUUCCCAGUCCCUCGAACUACAUCCGUCCUGGCAAACGACCUUUGUCCUCCAUCACACCCACCAUAGUCGAGCACGCGAACGGAAGCGUCUACUUCGCCGUAGCAGCGGCAGGCGGCAGUCGUAUCAUCACAGCUACUCUGCAGAAUCUCUGGCACGUAUUAGACCAGAACAUGACUGCCCCUCAAGCGCUGGCGAAGCCAAGAUUCCACGACCAGCUUGUACCGAACCAGAUCUCGUUCGAGUGGGCUUAUGAUAAUGAGACGGUGAGUUUUAUGAAGGCGAGGGGGCAUAAUGUUACUUGGAUUGCUCCUGGGCAGUCUACUGCGCAGUCGUUGAGACGGUUGGAGAAUGGCACUUUUGAGGCGGCCGGGGAGCCUAGGCAGUUGAACAGUGGUGGGUUUGCUGUGUGA